GAAACUUUUCCCAAUCCCUAAAAGGGACUUUGCCUCUUUUUUCCGGGCUCGGCAGUGCAGCCACUCUGGACCCCGGCACGCGGACCCUCAGAGCUGCUGACUGGCUGGGCGGCUUGCAGAACCACCUUCCCCCCUCCUCUCGUGGACGGAGGGUCCGGCCUCGGUUCACCCGGCCCGUGGCGUCUCCUCCGCUCAGUACCGACUGCCCGCCCCGGCUGCCACCCGCCGGGUCCCGAGAGCUAGCGAGUGAUCAGGGCCCGGAGCUGCGCUCGCCCGAGGCGCGCCCUCCAGCAUGCAGAUCCGCCCAGUCCGCUGAACGCGAGCGCCCUUCUCGGCCCGCGCGCCCGCGCCUGCCGCACCUCGCCCGCAGCUCCCCGGGGCCCGGGGCUGCCCCGCCGGCUCCCUUCCCCUCUUUCUCGCUCUCGGGGCCUCCUCGCUCCCCCGGCCGCGGUCCGUGAGCGCAGGCGGUGGAGAGCCGUCGCAGACACAGCAUGCAGGCGCGCUACUCCGUGUCCGACCCCAACGCCCUGGGAGUGGUGCCUUACUUGAGCGAGCAGAAUUACUACCGGGCGGCGGGCAGCUACGGCGGCAUGGGCAGCCCCAUGGGCGUCUACUCGGGCCACCCGGAGCAGUACGGCGCGGGCAUGGGCCGCUCCUACGCGCCCUACCACCACCACCAGCCCGCGGCGCCCAAGGACCUGGUGAAGCCGCCCUACAGCUACAUCGCGCUCAUCACCAUGGCCAUCCAGAACGCACCCGAGAAGAAGAUCACCCUCAACGGCAUCUACCAGUUCAUCAUGGACCGCUUCCCCUUCUACCGCGACAACAGGCAGGGUUGGCAGAACAGCAUCCGCCACAACCUCUCGCUCAACGAGUGCUUCGUCAAGGUGCCGCGGGACGACAAGAAGCCCGGCAAGGGCAGCUACUGGACGCUGGACCCGGACUCCUACAACAUGUUCGAGAACGGCAGCUUCCUGCGGCGCCGCCGGCGCUUCAAAAAGAAGGACGUCCCCAAGGAAAGGGAGGAGCGGGCCCACCUCAAGGAGCCGCCCCCGCCGGCGUCCAAGGGCGCCCCGGCCGGGCCCCCCCUAGCGGACGCCCCCAAGGAGGCCGAGAAGAAAGUGGUCAUCAAGAGCGAGGCGGCGUCCCCCGCGCUGCCGGUCAUCACCAAGGUGGAGACGCUGAGCCCCGAGAGCGCGCUGCAGGGCAGCCCGCGCAGCGCGGCCUCCACGCCCGCCGCCUCCCCCGACGGCUCGCUGCCCGAGCACCACGCCGCGGUGCCCAACGGGCUGCCCGGCUUCAGCGUGGAGAACAUCAUGACUCUGCGAACGUCGCCGCCGGGCGGAGAGCUGAGCCCGGCGGCCGGCCGCGCGGGCCUCGUGGUGCAGCCGCUGGCGCUGCCCUACGCCGCCGCGCCGCCCGCCUCCUACGGCCAGCCCUGCGCCCAGGGCCUGGAGGCCGGGCCCGCCGGGGGCUACCAGUGCAGCAUGCGUGCCAUGAGCCUGUACACGGGGGCCGAAAGGCCAGCGCACAUGUGCGUCCCGCCCGCCCUGGACGAGGCCCUCUCGGACCACCCGAGCGGCCCCACGUCGCCGCUGAGCGCCCUCAACCUCGCCGCAGGCCAGGAGGGCGCGCUCGCUGCGGCGAGCCACCACCACCAGCACCACGGCCACCACCACCCGCAGGCGCCGCCGCCCCCGCCGGCUCCCCAGCCCCAGCCUGCCCCGCAGCCCGCGGCCCAGGCGGCCUCCUGGUAUCUCAACCACAGCGGGGACCUGAACCACCUCCCUGGCCACACGUUCUCUGCCCAGCAGCAAACUUUCCCCAACGUUCGGGAGAUGUUCAACUCCCACCGGCUGGGAAUUGAGAAUUCGACCCUCGGGGAGUCCCAGGUGAGCGGCAACACGAGCUGUCAGCUGCCCUACAGGGCCGCGCCGUCCCUCUACCGCCACGCAGGCCCCUACUCCUACGACUGCACCAAAUACUGACCCGCCCCAGGCCCGCGCCUGCCCCUGCCCGCUCCAGCUUCGCUCCCCAGACCCGACCCCCUCAGACAGUUGAGGCUGCAGAGACGAAGGCAGGAACAUAAAGUUGCCCACCAACUUUUUCUCAGACCCGGAGCGGAGAGCGCGGGCGCUCCAGCCCUCGGCAGCCCUCGGCGGUCUGCGGAGCGUGCAGGUAACUUUAUUCGCCGCCCCGUUUCUGGGAUCCCAGGAAGCCCCUCUAAAGGGACGCAGCCCAACGAAAUGAAUAUUGAAUUUAAAAUCUCCCUCCCCUCCCAGCAUGGCUGUGCUCUGCUCCACUUGAGGUUUAAAAAAUUAAGUUAUGGACCAAAUCCCACAGCGAUCCACUAAUGACUCUCUGUAGAGACCUCCAACAGGUGUAUGGGGGUCUCUAUAGAUCGUGUAUGUGCUGUGUGUAAUUUUAAAUUUCUCUAACCGUGCUGUACAAAUGUGUGAAUUUGUAAUCAGGCUAUUUUUUGUUGUUGUUGAUGUUCAGAGCCAUUAAUAUAAUAUUUAAAGUUGAGUUCACUGGAUAAUUUUUCAUCUUGCCCGACCAUUUCUAACUGCCAAAGUGAAUUCGAAAAACCCAUGUGGGUUUUGUCUCCCAUACAAUUACAAGAUAUAAUCCCCCCCCCCAGUUGUAGAUCUUUACAAAACAAGAAAAUAAUUUAUUAUUAUUAUUUGUUGGUGGAUAAAGGAGUCAAGUAUCUGAUACUUUUAUUGACAAAGUGUGAUGGUUUUGUAUAGUAGAUCCCACCCUGAGUAGUCCUAAAGAAAAAAAAAUUUUUUUAAACUUCAUUCGUGUUUGUCUUAUGUGGUCUUAACUGUUGUACUUACCUUAAAAUAAACCCAUGUUGUUUUUCUGCCC